GCCUUCACGGUGGAUUCCUCUUCAAGUAGCGACUCGGGGUACUUCCCCUCACCCAAAUCCGAGACGCGUGAGAAAAGGAGAGUAAGAUCGAAAACAGACGCCACAAUGUCUCUUGCACCAUCCAGAGCGCGAAGUCGCAGCCGUGCGCCGAGCAAUGCACGAGGAUCAACACCAUUAGUCAUAUCGUCGACUCCCAAGCCACCCAUUGAGGUAGUCCUACCUCCUCCUCCCGGAUCCCGAGCAAGAAGUCGAAGUCGUGGACCACCUAUCAUCGAGGCCCCGGGUUUGAGUGGUGGAAGGGGCAUGUUCAAGAGACUGAUUGUGGCUUGUGACGGGACUUGGAUGAAUUCAGAUAACGGGAUGCACAACGGAAAACUCAGCGUUCCCAGUAACGUGACACGUAUGUCACGAGCUAUCAAAGCAGUAAGCCAAGACGGGAUUCCUCAGAUUGUCAAUUACCAUUUCGGAAUCGGUAGCUCUGGUCGACCGCUCAAUCGUCUCAUUAGUGGUGCUACAGGCGAGGGACUGGCGGAAAACGUCCGCGAGGCAUAUUCAUUCUUAGCAAACAACUACCAUGUUGGGGACGAGAUAUUCCUCAUUGGAUUUUCACGCGGUGCUUUCACCGCUCGUAGCAUUGCGGGUUUAAUCGGAGAAGUGGGCCUACUCACCAAGAAAGGACUCCACGCCCUCCCCGAGGUUUUCGAAGACGUCAAAGGGAGAAGAGAUCCAAAGUACUUUCCAAAGAACCCAGAUGUACCAUUUCCUAACAAACCAAGCGCGAGCAGUCCGCGGUAUGCCCAGGAACUUGAGAGGAGAGGCCUGACUAGACUGGACAUCUGCAUCAAGGCCAUUGGAGUAUGGGAUACUGUUGGGAGUCUGGGAACCCCGCGAAUCGGCUGGCUGACUCGCGUCGGACUUCAAUCCAAUGAAAGCAAAGAAAUGUCCUUUUACGACACAAAGCUGAGUUCCUGUAUAGAGAAUGCGUUCCAAGCUCUUGCCCUCGACGAACGUCGCAGCGCCUUUAGUCCCGCUGUGUGGGAGAAGCCGGAGGGUAAUCAGACUACGCUUCGACAGGUGUGGUUCCCGGGGACGCAUUCCAAUACCGGGGGCGGGUAUGAUGAUCAGCAGUUGGCGAAUAUCACGCUGGCGUGGAUGAUGAGCCAGCUUGCACCUUUUCUGGACAUGCGUAUGGAGUAUCUAUUUGAACAGGAUGACGAAAACGCAAAGUAUUACAAGUCUAUGGGAGAAGGAGUACGACCGUGGGGCUUUGGCGAGAUCUUCAACAGCAUGACCGGGCUAUUCGCUAUGGGUGGAGGUGCGACCCGUACCCCAGGCCAAUACUACGCAACCGACCCCAUCACAAACCGCCCAACCGCCCGCUGUCUCCGCCUCACUAACGAAUAUAUCCACGCCUCAGCCCGCACGCGCAUCCGCCUAAACGGCCCAGGCAUCGGCGACCGCGGCCCCUACGACUGCCGCGCCCUGACCGACAACUACAAACUCGUCGUUGAUUAUGGCACCGCUGACCCUCAACGCGCUGCUGACCCAGAAGUCCACUGGAAAGCGAAAUUCCGCGACAUGGACGGCGCGCGUAUCCUUCCCGAGGCGCCGCUGUGGGGUAUCGAGAAGGAGUUCGCGAGACGCGAUCCGCAGACGUUCGACUACGUGAAACGGCCGCCUGCAACAGGAUCAUCAAGACGGAAAUCCGGGAGAGGUCUAAACGGCGACUUCGCUGCUCCCCUGAAAAGCCCACGGAUGAACGGUACUUCUGGACGUAGAAGUUUCGUAGAAGACGACGGUAGAGAAGGACGUAGAAAGAACCGUGCGAGUGCGACUGUAUUGGAGAAGAAGAUGCCUCCUCCGUCGCGUAAGCGAUCCAAAUCGAGACCGAGGAGCUUCGACGAGAGAAGUAGUGUCGUCAGGGAGAGUAUGCCGCAUCGAAGGAAGAAAGAUACUGCGUGGUGGGAGAGCGUUAGCGGGGCUGAGUCUGGGUUUGGACCUGGUGGUGUGAGGGAUGGUAGGAGGAGUCCGAGGAGGAGUAGUAUGAGGAUUUGA